AUGAUGGGUGCCAUGCAAUCCAACAACGAGAUCAACACUGCCAUCAACAGCAUGAUCGCCGAGAUCAACAGCACGACCCAGCACUGCCAGACCAAGAGCAGCCAGGGCCAGCAGAUCAACGUGGACACCGUGUGUGGCCCCAAUGUGAGCAAGAUUGACAUCAGCCACAACAACUUCAACAUCCAGGGCACCUUCGACUCGUCGCACAACAGCAAUGCUGCUGACCAGAACAUCAAGAACAUGAUGAAGCAGCUGGCCAAGUCGCUCGAGGGCUCGCUCGGCAUUGGGUACGUGAGCGCCAACAACGUGCAGCAGCUCACCGAGGACAUCGCCGCCACCAUCAACAACUCCACCAUCAAUGACUGCAUUGUGGACUUGGCCAUGAACCAGGGGAUCUAUGUCAAGCUGGACAGUGGCAAGUGCCCCAUGGACAGCGACAUCAAGAUCACGUACAACAACUUCAAUGAGCUGUCCACAGACAUGACCAGCUGCAUGCAGAUGGUGGCCAACAGCAACACCGCCAUGCAGACGCUGCGCAACAUCAUUGACCAGAAGGCGACGGCGACCGUUGAGGGCAUCCUCAGCCCGCUCCUGAUCAUCAUCCUGGUGAUCCUGCUCAUUGUGGGCGGUAUUAUGUUUGGCGGCACCAAGAUGCUCACCAGCCUGGCCUUCAUUGCGCUCCUGCUUGUGCUGCUCAUCGUCUACGGCGUCAUUGCGUGGUUGAAGAAGUGGUUCCCUUUUAAUGGUUAA